CUGAUAAACUCACACUCGUAGGUCUACAACGUCCCUCACCCAAUCAUCCACCGAACCGAGGAAUUCGCUUCCUCAGUUUCUCUCUCCAAACAGAAAAUUUCAUUAAAAAGGAGGUGUUUUUUUUUUCUUUUUUUUUUUUCUUUUUCCUUUUUUUUUUCCUCCUCCUGUUUACAAACAAUGGAAUAGUCGGAUAAAUUAAAAGAAUUUAACAUCUCCCCCUUCCCUUCCCUUCCCUUCCUUUCCUUCUUCAACGACCUGGUCUCUUUUCUCUCCUCAGGUAUUUCCUUUUCUGAUUUAUUUAUUCUUCUUUUUUUUUCUUCUUCGAAUUUUUUUCUCAUGAAUAUCUAUGCGGAUAUCUGCAUUAGUCUGCAAAUUCUGAGAUUAGGGUUUUUGGUUAUGCAGAGAAAGGGAUUCUAGGGUUUAGACGUAGCUUUCACGCAGGUACUGUUUUUUUGGUUUUUUUUUUUUUUUUUUCCCCCUCUUUUUGGUUUCAUUCGGAUGGUAUCGUGAACAGAACUUUGCUUGCAUUGUAUUGGGUGAGGGGAUGAUUUGUUUUAUUGCGUGUGUUGAGUAAUGGGUGCGCCUCAGAUUGAAUUUGUAAAAUCUGAGAUGGGUUUGUCUGAGAAUUUGACUUCAGUAGUUGUGCCUUUGCCUGGGGCUGAUGCUGAGAAGCUUUCCUGUUCAGAGUCAACGGAUGGCUCUGUGCCCAAGCAGCACUUUUGCACAGGAGAGGAAUGCAAUUUGGCAGGUUGUAGUGUGGAUGGUAUCAGUUCACUCGAUGCUAGCUUGGGUUUUUGUCAGGAUGAAAAUGCAGCUCAGAUGAAUGAAAACUGUGAUAAUGUGGAUGCUUCACAGUCGAAGACAGUGGUGGGUGAUCAGUUUGGAAUUGAUGUUUGGAAUUUGGUAAAUGAUCUCUUGUGCUCAGAUAAUGGAGGGUCUCCAGGUCAGGAUGAUAGGGGUUCUAAGGAUAUGUCUCCAGGCUUGCCUCAGGAUGAGAAUGCUGUGAGUAUCAGUGCUCUUGAUUGUAAUGAUAAUCGAGAUGAAGUUGAUGUUUGUAACUUGCAGAAGGAUGGUAAGAGUAUCUGUGGUCUCUCUGUAGAAAGGCUUGGGGAAGGGAAAAGUGAUGGUUUAAUGAAGAUAGACAAUGAAUGUUGUGAUCAAACACUGCUUUCGGAGGACUAUGGAAAGUCAUCAGAAGUGAUGCCAAUGACUGGUUCACCAAACAACUAUAUGGCACAGAAUAAUGAGAAAGAGACCAAGAGUGUCGAUAGUUGCACUUUGCAGGGGUUCAUUGAGGCUGUAGAAAAAAGGUUGGAAGAGAAAAGGGAUGAUCAAACCAAGACUGAUACUGAUAUCCAAAUACUGCCUUCACAGGGGUGUCAGUUGUCCUCAGAGUUGAUAAGUUUGACUGAUGAGAUGAGAAGUUGUUCCCAACUGGACGAGCAGAAGGAUAAUAAGGGCUCCAGUUGUCUCCCUGCAGGAGGAUUUAUUGAAAACAAGUGUGAAGUUUUAGCAGGAGUUGGGGAAAAACUUUGCAACCAAAUUUCCCCCUCAGAGGACUGUGGUUUGCCAUCAGAAUCAAUAGGUACAACCAGCUAUAUGAGCAGCGGUGGUCAUCAAGAUGAGCUGAUGCAUGCUAAGAGUGUCAGCAGCCCCACUCUGGAUGGAAAAGUUGAUGUUUCAUUUGUUACAGAAUCUUCCAUGUGCAACCCAAUAACAACUUCAGAUUGUGCUGGAAUGCCAACAAAAUUAUCAGAUGCAGGUGAUUUAGUUAGUAGUUAUCAGAAGGAUGAUCAGAGUGGCAGGGAUUACUCUCUAGAAAAUUUCACUAAAACUGUAGAAACAAAUAGUUCUGAUGAUGUAUGUCCCCAGUUAUUGCCUUCAGGAAGUUGCCUGGGAGCCUUGGAAAGUUUAAAUGCGGCUGAAUCAUUAAGUAAUAUUAUCCUGCAGAAUGUUGAAACUAAUAAUAAUAAGAUUGUUGGUGGUCGAUCCACAGAUAGUGGUGUGAAGUUUUCAGAGUACAGAAGUGAUGUUACAACUAUUGUAAAUGUUGAAAGUGGCAAAGAAUUAUUACAUGUAGAGAAUAAUGCAUACAAUUCAAAGGAGGAUGCCUGUCUGGUUAUGAACUAUCUUGGUGAGAAAUCAAGUUAUGUGGCAUGUCAGCCCUUUGGUUCCAAAAAUAUACCUUCUGGGAGGUUAGAUCUGUCAGAUUCUUUUUCAAAGGAUGCUUGUGGUACCAUUGGUUCUACCUGUGCAAUUGACUGUUCUAGUCAGACAGAAAAUGAAGGAAAAGAUGUUGUCAGAGCCGAUUGUGUUUUAAAAACUAUAUGUCCUGCUCCUGUAUCAUCUUCUUCUCGAGGGGAUAGCCACAAAAGCAAAUCAAGCCAAAGGACUCUGUCAAAAAGGGUAACAAAGAACUGCAGGAGCACUGUCAAGGAGCCCAACCCACAUGAAAGUAUCAAUUUUAUAUGCAAGGUGUCAAGAAGGAAAAGAAGCUGUUCCUCCAAACCAGCCCGUUCUUCUAUCUGGGGAUUACCGGAGAAUGUUGCACCUUUUCUUGUGCGGCACUAUGAACCUGAGUUUGAUGAAGUGCAGAAUCAAGGAUCACAAAGAGCUAGGGGCAGCCGAGGAAAUAGGAAAGGUAUUAAGAAUCAAGGUAGCAAAAGUAGAAAAAAGUCUAGUAAGAAAGCUCUCCCUUCAAGGGUAGUUGAUGCAUCAGCUUCUGUUGAUACCUCCUUUUGCAAUCAUGGGAAUGAGUUGUGCCAGGAAACCAGGCCAGCUUACAGUGUUGAAGAUAAUUUGGGGGAACUGGGGACUGAAAGGCACUUACAGUACAGCAAGAACCCAGAGAAGGUGAUGGCAUGCCAGGGUGCCUCUGGUAUAGAUGUAAAACUAGAGAAAAAGGAUUUUGAGAGCACUAAGAAUUUGCAAAUGUCAGCUGGUGAUGCUACUGCAGGUUGUCUUGGAAUUCCAUCCAAUGCAGUAGUUGAAACUUCUGGUGGGGCAACAGUCAAAAAUUAUAUGGAUCCCGGAACUUCACCGGACUCAGAAGUUAUCAAUCCAGUUCCCGAUAGCCAAGUUGGUGUGGUGCAUCAAGAAGGCUUGCAUAAUACUGUUUUGACUACUUCCAAAAAUUUUGCUUCACCUGGAGAUAUUAAGAGAAGUAAGAGUAGAAAGCGGAACAAGAAAGGUAAUCAGAGAUCUCUCACGACAGCAAGUGUAACGAAGCCUAAAUCAUCCAAGAAUUGCAGAGGCAGACAAAAAGAUGGUGAAAGCUUUUACCCUAGUGAGAAUCUUUCUUUCUCCACCAAUGCAGAUGCUUCUAGUGUCUCCCUGAGCAGCAAGGAGUUCUCCAUUGAGCCUUUACAUCUGUCAAGUGAGAAUGAAAUUGGAGUCUCCACAAGAAUUGAAAAUGGCGUGGAGGCUAAAGCAUCCUGCAGUCAUGAUGCUUCAGAACUACAGCAUUCCAAGAAUUUGAUUUCUUCCAGGAAGAAGGGGCACCAACUUCCCAAAGGUUCAAAAUCUUGUGCAGCAAGCAAUGGAAGGUCUAAGGUCACAGAAAGAAGCAAGAAAGGAAAUGCUUCAAGACAGAGGGGAAACCAACAGAAGUCUGGUCGCAAGAGUAAAGUAAAGGAGAACAAUCUUGUUGAUAGGAUUGAAUCCAGAGUGGAGAGUCACCCAGAAUCUGGAAAUGGUGAGGUAGAUUAUGUUGGGAACACCAAUACUGGCAAAGACAUUGAAUCUGCAGUUAUAGCUAAUGCGAAUGUGUCAUCAGACGGUACAAUGGAGAAAUGGGUUCCGCCAGAUAGUGCUUGGGUGCGCUGUGAUGAUUGUUAUCAAUGGCGGCGCAUACCUGUCAAACUUGCUGAUAAAAUUAAUGGAUCAUGCCGCUGGAUCUGUAAGGACAACAUGGAUAAAGCUUUUGCUGAUUGCUCAAUACCUCAAGAGAAGUCUAAUGGAGAUAUUAAUGCGGAGUUGGGCUUAUCAGAUCCUGAUGAAGAUGGUUAUGAUGGUCAUUUAAACUAUAAGGGACUUGAAUACAAUACAGCAGUUCGGCAAGCAUCAGUUUUCUGGCGUAUUGAUAGUAAUGAGUUUUUGCAUCGCAGGCGUAAAACUCAAACCAUUGAUGAGAUAAUGGUUUGCCACUGCAAACCACCUCCAGAUGGUCAGCUUGGUUGUCGGGAUGAAUGCCUAAACCGGAUGCUUAACAUUGAAUGUGUUCAAGGCACCUGCCCAUGUGGUGACCUCUGUUCAAAUCAACAGUUCCAGAAGCGCAAAUAUGCCAAGAUGGAAUGGGUUAGAUGUGGAAAGAAAGGUUAUGGGUUGAAGAUGUUUGAGGAUAUAUCAGCUGGACAGUUCCUCAUUGAGUAUGUCGGAGAGGUGCUGGAUAUGCAUGCUUAUGAGAAACGACAAAAAGAGUAUGCUUCUAUGGGUCAGAGGCAUUUCUACUUCAUGACAUUAAAUGGCAGUGAGGUAAUAGAUGCAUGUGCAAAAGGAAAUCUGGGGCGUUUCAUAAACCAUAGCUGUGAUCCUAAUUGCAGAACUGAGAAGUGGAUGGUGAAUGGAGAAAUUUGUAUUGGACUAUUUGCAUUGAGAGAUAUUAAGCAGGGAGAAGAAGUAACAUUUGACUACAACUAUGUAAGGGUAUUCGGAGCUGCUGCUAAAAAAUGUCACUGUCAAUCACCUCAUUGUCGAGGUUAUAUAGGUGGGGAUCCACUUAAUGCUGAAGUAAUUGUUGAAGAUGAUUCAGAUGAAGAAUAUCCUGAACCUAUGAUGCUUGAAGAUGGUGAUACCUGGGAUGUCUUAGAAAAUACAGUAUCUAGAUCAAGUUCCUUUGACGGUGCAGAAAUGCAAACUGCAGAGAGUUUAAUAAAAGACCGAAGGAAAAAGGAUAGUUCCACUAUGGUUGUUGGUCAUUCGGAGACUACCAUAGAAACUGAGCACUCUACUAAUCAUUCUGCGUCCUCUGCCAUCCAACUGCUCAGCUCAAUUGAUACUGAGGAUUUGAAAGGAAAUUUCAGGUCAUCCAUUCAACAAGCUGAAGUUUCACCAAAGACAGAAGGUGUAAGAAGUGAACGCAUGUCUGCCGUUCAACAUGAUGAUGCUGUAAAAGAGAAGGCUAUGAGCAAAAGCUCAUCUUCCAUUAAAAAAUUAGACCCAACUUCUCUAACUUUGUCGGUUUGUAAGUUGCCAUCUGAUGGUGUUGAUGCUAGUAAGAAGUACAAGUUUGAUAAUGGAGAAGACAGGCAGGCUUCUUCAAAAACACCAGUAGUUAUGAAGAUUCCUCGUUUGUCUAGCUCUAUUAAGAAAGGAAAAGUUAGUAAUCCUCUGAAUGGAAAUAAAGUUCAGCUUACUGCUAACAAAUAUCAGGUGAUGUCAAUCAAACCCAGAAAGUCAGUGGAAGGUUCUAGUAAUGGUCAUUUUGAAGCAGUUGAGGAGAAACUUAAUGAGUUGCUGGAUGCUGAUGGGGGCAUAAGCAAAAGGAGGGAUGCAACCAAAGGCUAUUUGAAGCUUCUACUUCUCACAGCAGCUUCUGGUGAUAGCGUUAAUGGUGAAGCAAUUCAAAGCAAUCGAGAACUAUCUAUGAUUCUUGAUGCACUUUUGAAGACAAAAUCACGAGCUGUAUUGACUGAUAUAAUUAAUAAAAAUGGGUUGCGAAUGCUGCACAACAUCAUGAAGCAAUACAGAAGGGACUUCAAAAAGAUUCCAAUUCUCCGGAAGCUACUAAAGAUUUUAGAAUAUUUGGCAGUGAGGGAGAUACUUACUCUGGAGCAUAUUAAUGGAGGGCCUCCAUGUCAUGGAAUGGAAAGCUUUAGGGAGUCAAUGCUAUCAUUGACAGAGCAUGAGGACAAACAGGUCCAUCAAAUUGCAAGAAGUUUUAGAGAUAAAUGGAUUCCUAAGCCUGUCAGAAAGCCAGGCUACAAGGAGAGGGAUGAGGGUAGGAUGGAUUUUCACCGGGAUUUGAACUGCAACAGGGGGGUUUCAGCAUCCCAAAAUCAUUGGCAUGACCAGGGUGUGAAACCCACUGAAGCACUUGAUACCCAGUCACUGCUUGCAACAACUUCAGGCACUGCUGUCCAUGAUGGCUGUUCAUCUUCUGCUGAUGUUUGCCAGGCCACUGUUACCAGAGUUCGAAAGCGUAAAAGCCGCUGGGAUCAGCCAGCAGACCCAGAUCCAAGAUUGCACAAGCAGAAAGAACAGAAAGUUGAAACUGAGUUGGAAAAGAAACUCAGAUCUAGCCCAUUACCUGUUUUAGGUGAGAUUGAAGAUCAUGACCGUCUCCUCAAUCACUCUCAACAAGGUGAAGAUAUUAAUGCCAACAGUGGAAGGCAGAUUGUUAAUGAGGAUGUUCCACCGGGGUUUUCAUCUCCUCAACCUUCAUCUCUUGUUUCAUCCCAUGCUUCACCAGCUGCUGCUGAUUUCUCCCAACCAGCCUUUUUCCAUUCAAAGUGUCCUCCUGAUAUCUUUGUUGCACAUCCACAGAAGAAGUUCAACUCUCGCUUGCCUGUAUCGUAUGGAUUCCCAGUGCCUAUCAUGCAGCAAUUUGGUUCACCCCAGGCGGAAAGUGUGGAGAGCUGGGUUAUUGCCCCAGGCAUGCCAUUUCAUCCAUUUCCACCUUUACCUCCAUUUCCCCGCACUAAGAAAGAGAUUUCAUCUACUUGCGCUGGUAACCCCAUUGGAAAUACAGAAGUGAUAGGAGAUGGGCAACAGGACGGCUGUGGUCCUGCCACUUGUUAUCCAGAUGCAUACAUUGCAAACCCAACUGGUUUUAAGCAACCAGAAUCAGACAUCCCAGUUAACAACCAACAGACAUUUAAACGGGCAAGGGAUUCCUCAUAUGAUCUGGGAAAGAAGUAUUUCAGGCAGCAGAAAAGGAAAGGACCUCCAUGGCUCAAGUACCAAUCCGUGGGAAACAACCAUAUGGGCUGGAGGUAGAAAAUGUAAAAAAUGAGGUCAGAAAUUCAUAUUUUCAGCAUGAUGUAAGCUGUAGAGUUGGUAAAGGCCGCAAUGAUUUUUAUCCGCACCCACAGCACCGAAAUCAGCAUUGAUUUAUAGAAAAAAUUUGUGAGAGCUACUGAAUUCUGUUUUUAUACUAUAUGUAUUCUCAUUAUUCAUUCUUUCCUGGGUUUAAAAUUCCAGUGGAAAGUUGAAAUUUCAUUCAUUUCCAGAAAAUCAUUCAUACUUCUCAUUUUCUGUAUUGUGGCUGAAAGGAAGUGACUAAUGUGAACAAGAAACAGUUGAGUUCCUUUAUUUUUUGUAACCCUGAUUUCUUGCUUAUUAUCCUCAAUUUACCCUUCUCCUUGUUGUUUGUGUUCCCUUCAAGACAUAAUUUUGGAUGCAUUUGGAAUUGUUGUGUAGUAUUGCAACUGUGUUCAUCCAAGGUGGAGCUAUUGGAUUCGCAAAAAAACUGGGCUUAUGUGUUAGUUAAUGUGUCGUUGAAGGUUCCAAACCCCAUUUCAACAGCAAUUUGCUCGCAAACACACUGCUCCAAGCAAAGAUGAUUGCCCCUAACCGCCGUUUAGGCCGGCCGGCAUGCAUGCGUUGUAAAGAUCAUUCAAAUGAGUGUAGGGGAAGGUGUCGUUUUCGUUUGUUUGUGGAAAAAUUUAGGUUUGUUGGGAUUUGUGAAGGAGAGGGAUUCGCGACAUGUUCACGGCCUUGUUUUAUGGUGUACCAUUCGCUUUAUAUAAAUUGUCUUGUUUAAUAACUCAUCGUUUGACUU